UUCGUUUUCCAGUAAGUGUAUUGGCUUUAGUGGAGGGGGAAUUUUCCCAGAAGACACGACCAGCGCCAUCUCUAUUUACCUGCCCUAGCUGCCUUCAAUACUUAACAAGCCCUGAAAUAUUCAUCACUUGCUUGCUUUGUGUGUGUCCACAAUAUUUGGAUGGUGGGGGGCACGGUAGAGUCAGGAUGAAUUAAUUGAUUCCAUUAGACUGCUGCAUCUGCCUGACAUAAAAUGUACUUAAAUCAGCACUCGUCCGAUCUGUAAUCUGCCGUACUCCUGCUGCUGUAAUCUCAGGUGACCAGGUCAGAGGAGAGAGCUUGAGAGAAAGCGGAUGAGCCAAGAAAACGCUGACUCGGCUGUUGCAUUUAGGCUUAACACGGUGACGGUGUCACACGCAUGUCUCCUUCAGGGUUUUCCAUGUCUUUAAUAACUCUGACGUCAGAAUAUGAGAGCAAAGGUUGUCUCUCUAGGAUGUUUGAGUAGGUCUGAGGUCACCUCUCCCACAGCCUGGAUGUUCUUGCAGUGGAAAGCUCAGUAGAUGCCUCCCAGAUACACCAUUUGCUGUUGUUGUAAGUCAAGAAAACACUGCAGGAUGGAGGUGUCCUGCCUGGAGCUGGCACUGGAAGGCGAGCGACUCUGCAAGGUGGGCGACUACAGAGCGGGUGUCUCCUUCUUCGAAGCGGCCAUCCAGGUGGGCACGGAAGACCUGCAGGUGCUCAGUGCCAUCUACAGCCAGCUGGGAAACGCCUACUUCCACCUGCACGACUACACCAAGGCGCUGGAAUUCCACCGACACGACCUCACCUUGACCAGGACCAUUGGCGAUCUGCUGGGAGAAGCCAAAGCCAGCGGGAAUCUUGGGAACACACUAAAAGUGCUGGGAAGGUUUGAUGAGGCUGUGGUGUGCUGUCAGAGGCACUUGGACAUUGCGAGGGACCUCAGCGACAAGGUGGGGCAGGCGCGAGCGCUCUACAACUUUGGGAAUGUGUACCACUCUAAAGGGAAAAGUAUUUGUUGGAGUGGAGCUGAGCCUGGUGACUUCCCAGAAGACGUCAUGAUGGCACUGAAGAAGGCAUCUGAAUAUUACGAGGCCAACUUGGUGCUCGUGAAGGAGCUUGGCGAUCGGGCCGCUCAGGGUCGAACCUGCGGCAACCUCGGCAACACGCACUACUUGCUGGGGAACUUUCGGAAAGCCGUGGCAUCUCAUGAGCAGCGUCUGCUCAUAGCCAAGGAGUUUGGCGACCGCUCGGCAGAGAGACGUGCUUACUGCAACUUGGGCAACGCUUACAUUUUUUUAGGGGAGUUUGAAGUCGCAGCAGAGCAUUACAAGAGGACGCUACAGCUGGCGAGGCAGUUAAAAGACCGUGCAGUGGAGGCUCAGGCUUGCUACAGUCUGGGCAACACAUACACUCUGCUGCAGGACUAUGAGAGAGCUAUCGACUACCACCUUAAACACCUCAUCAUAGCACAGGACCUCAACGAUCGGAUUGGGGAAGGUCGCGCCUGUUGGAGUCUUGGAAACGCUCACACUGCUCUGGGUAACCAUGACCAAGCCAUGCACUUUGCAGAGAAACACCUGGAGAUCUGCAAAGAGACUGGAGACAGGAGUGGCGAGCUGACGGCUCGUAUGAACGUGUCAGACCUGCAGACAGUGUUGGGUCUGAGCUAUAGCACUAAUAACUCCACCUUGACAGAGAGUAAAGACAUGGACUACAAAAUACAAGGGGCAAGACCCAGGAUGAGCAGGAGACACAGCAUGGAGAACCUCGAGCUGAUGAAGCUCACGCCUGACAAGAUGAACGUUCAGAAGUGGAACAGUGACAUCCUGAGCAAACAAACCAGCAAACCCCCCCUCACCAAGAGCUCCUCCAAGUUGUUUUUCGUCACUCGUCUGCGUGGAAAGAAGUUCAAGACGGGUGGCUCCAGUAAAGUCCUCCAGGACACCAGUAACACACUGGACACCAGCCAGAUGCCCACACAUGGACCGCACAAGCGAUCGAGUCCUGACAUGCUUGGAGAUGAGGGCUUCUUUGACCUGCUCAGCCGUUUCCAGAGCAACCGCAUGGAUGACCAGCGCUGCUCCAUACAAGAGAAAGGCAGCAGGUUAUCGCUUAACGGAGGACCAGAGUCUCCGCCGAGGGUCAUCAGGAAAUCUGUGUCAGAGUCCACCAACGUGUCAGGCGUCCAACGCCAGCAGUUAGAGGACUCCUCAGCUGCAGGCGGGAGCCUUCCAGGCCUCAGACUCAACGAAAACAGCAACCAGGCGGUUCUCAGCCACCUGAUGGCCAACGCCGACAACGCAGAGCCUGAUGAAGACUUCUUUGCCAUGCUGGUCAAGUGUCAGGGGUCCCGUUUGGACGACCAACGCAGCGCACCUCCGCCUCCUCCAGUGCGAGGGCCCACGGUGCCUGACGAGGACUUCUUCAGCCUCAUCAUGCGCUCACAGGCCAAACGAAUGGACGAGCAGCGCGUCACGCUGCCACCGCCUGCUGAGCGGAGCACUUAAACCCAUCAUCAUGCGUCUCUGGAGAAUGGACAAAAGAACUUUAAUUGCACAAACUCUCAGUGGUAUGAGGGACUUCGUUUUACUCCAUUAUAGUGUCAUUUCACGUCAUGUGCAUUUAAACUGCAUUUGUUUAUUAAUGUCUUUUGCGAGUUUGUCAAACACCGUCCUCCUUUUUUCCUUUCUCUCCAUAGAUUUUUUGUUUGAUUUUGGGAAAAAAAGCCUCUUAAAAAGCUAUGAAGCUAUGCCCAAAAUAUUGUCUAAAGAAUGAUAUUAACACUAUUUUGUAUUAGAGUCAGGUUGGAGGAAUAAAUAUUUCUCACAGCUACUUACUGGCUUUUUGACACAUUAAAAAAAAGCAGCUUGAUUAAAAGACACUUUAUUGAACAUACCAGCAAUCUGUUAGCUUGAGUUAAAUUAAAUCACUUAAAAAAUAAUAAGUAUCAGGCUUAAUACAUGAGACACUAGCAUUUCAAGAACUGUACAAUCAACUAAAAAUAAAUACGACAAUGUACAGUAUGUAUUAGUUUGGAGUUUUGUUUAAACGUAUUUUUAAAAAUUAAUCAGGACAAACAAAAGUGCUUUACAUGUGAAGAAAUUAAAUACUGGCUUUAAAAUAAAUAUGUUAAUUCAAAUUUUCUGUGCAUACAAUUGAAAGUCUACACUGACCCCUACUAUUACCUCAGUACAGCAGAAAUAAAAAAUGUUUUUUUUAAUUUACUAGCAUUCCCUUUGGACACUGCAUUAUAACAAUCUUUCAUUGCAAUGGCUUCUAACAGCUCCUGCAGGGGAAAAAAAGCCCCACUGAUUAUUCCAUUUUUAAAACAAAACAUAUUGAACAGCAACGCAUGGCCACAUCCCACGGGGAAGCAACAGCAGAGAGCAAAAUGCUGCCACAGAUUCAGAAAGCUUGCACACUGAGUCAUAACUCCCCAAACGAUAGCAACUGGAGGAAACUGAUGCGGGACAACAACAUGGAAUGUGGAGUUAACAUAAUUUGAUCUGGAACUCAAAAAAGGCACCAUUAUGAUGAAAAAGCUCGGUCCUGUCUGUUAAAAGCGCAUGCAACCAGUUACGACGUGUGUUUGCAUUUGAGUGUGUGCCACCGCCAGUGUUUUGUGCCCGUUGCUCUGACAACAGAUGCAGUGUGAGAAUGUUCAGCAUGUGCUUUUCAUGUGUUUGUGCGGGAUGCAGAAGCAGUUGUAGUGUGUCUUUUCCCGAUAAAAUGGGUGUGUACGUGUAGUUAUGGGUUGUGAGUCCACAGCGUGACGGUUCGGUCGGCAGAGGAUGACAGGAAGGAGAGGUCGUUGGUAUGCCAUCGACACUGGAUCACCUUGUCGCCGUGCUCGCCCACCACAGUCUGAGGCAACUGCUUGGUCAGGUCACCUACACAAACAAACG